UUUCUUCAAUUAGUUAAAAAAGAUGGAUCCUGAAGCAGGGGGACCACAGGUUAUCAAAGUGACACCUCUUCAACAAAUGCUUGCCUCUUGUACUGGAGCUAUAUUGACAUCACUAAUGGUGACACCCCUGGAUGUUGUUAAAAUUCGACUCCAAGCCCAAAACAGCCCAUUUUCCAAAGAAGGUCUGUCUUUAAGUCCAAUGACUCAUUUGCUUUCUCUACUCUGCUGUGAAGCCCACUUAGUGAAUUUUUCAUUUCAGGAUGCCUUCUUGAAAAUCAUUCGAAACGAGGGCAUGAAAUCCCUGUGGAGUGGCCUUCCCCCUACCUUAGUGAUGGCAGUUCCUGCCACAGUUAUUUAUUUCACCUGCUAUGAUCAAUUAACUGAUCUUCUGAGAUGUAAAUUCAGAGAAAAUCAAAGCCACAUACCCAUUGUUGCUGGAAUUGUGGCCAGAUUCGGUGCAGUAACUGUGAUAAGUCCAUUAGAAUUGAUUAGAACCAACAUGCAAUCUAAGAAGUUUUCUUACAAGGAGCUGCAUCAGUUUGUCAGCAAGAGAGUGUCUGAAGAUGGUUGGAUUUCUCUUUGGAGGGGCUGGGCCCCCACUGUUCUUAGAGACGUACCAUUCUCAGCAAUGUACUGGUAUAACUAUGAAGUUUUAAAGAAGUGGUUGUGUGAGAAAUCUGGCUUAUAUGAACCAACAUUUAUGAUCAGCUUCACUUCAGGAGCAUUGUCUGGUUCUUUUGCAGCUGUUGCAACUUUACCAUUUGAUGUGGUAAAAACACAAAAACAGACACAACUUUGGAUGUAUGAAAGUCAUAAAAUUUCUAUGCCUUUGCAUUUGUCAACCUGGGCUAUAAUGAAGAACAUCGUUGCUAAGAAUGGGUUUUCUGGAUUAUUUACAGGCCUAAUUCCCCGUUUAAUUAAAAUUGCUCCUGCUUGUGCCAUUAUGAUCAGUACGUAUGAAUUUGGAAAGGCUUUUUUCCAGAAACAAAAUGCUCAAAAACAGCAAUACCAGUGAUGCUGUUUCAACUUGAAAUAACAACCAUGGCCAAUAAUAUGAUGGAGCUUCUUAGGCAAGAACCUCUUUCACCAUUAUCUUACAAUGAUUUUGUAUCUUUCCUGUAAUUUUAAAUGAAUAGGAAUUUGUAUUCUGCCUCUAAAUCAGCGGUUCUCAACCUUCCUAAUGCCGUGACCC